AGGCGAUCUCGCAACUUGAUCGCAAGGAGGAUGGACGGUCCAACGAACAACGGAAGCCCGAUACUUACCACAGGCGAGCGCGCCAAGGAAGAUGGGGGUCGGAAGCGCUCGCUGAAGCACAAGCACAAGCAGAGCCCCUCCCAACACUCCAUCAGCACCGAUAGUCCCGAUGAACAGGCCAAGCCACCACCGAAACCACAGAAGGACGAUGGCGGAGCAUCGCACCUGCAAGAAUUGCUGACAAGCAAGAUUGCUCAGCUUCAAGUGGGGGACUCGAGCCUCGACGUGGACAUGGGUGGAAUAUUUAGCGACGCCAAGCUCGUGGAUGAGUCCAGAUUGCUGUGGAAAGCGAGUAAAGACGAAGGGGACGUCGCCCGCAUGGACGACACCGUGCACGGGAUUUUCGCGCAUAUGACGCAACUUCAGAAGAAAUUGAGUGAAGUGUACUCCAAGUACAUUGUCAUGCGUGAGCAAAAGGCCACGUUGCUCGAAUCCAACAUGAAAGUGAACGCAACUAAAGGCAAGCUCGAGUCGCUGUGCCGUGAAUUGCAAAAGCAAAACAAAGCCAUCAUCGCCGAGUCAAGACGCAUUGCCGAAGACGAAAACAAGAAGCGGCAGCAGCUGAGCCAGCAGUUCCAAACCACGAUCGAAGACGUGAGCAAGAAAAUGGAGCAGCAGGGCAAGGACUACGUCGCCUCGCUCCAAGACAACGAAGCGCUUCAAACAAAACUGAAGACUUUCCUGUCGCAGUAUGAGCUGCGUGAAGAGCAUUACGCCCAUCAGUUGCAGGCGAAGGACCUGGCCGUGCAACUCGCUGAGGCGAAGCUGCAACAUCAAAUCGAACUUACCAAGCGCGAGACGGAAAAGGUUGCAUUGACGUUGGAGCAGACGAAAAACAUUUCCGACCGUGAAGUGGCCCUCCAAGUGGGUUCUUGGCCCCAUUGUCGAACGAGCUCAAUCUGUCGCUAGGCGCAACUCGCGUCAUACUCGGAGAAAUUUGAGGUCGUGCAAGAGACCCUAUCUAAGAGCAACACGAUGUUUGUUACGCUGCGCGACGAAAUGGACAAGAUGUCCAAGCACAUCAAACGACUGGAAAAAGAGAACAGCGCACUCAAGAAAAAGUGCGAUCAGUAUGAUCACGGCGCGAUUGAAAUGCUGCAAGAACGCGGCCGCGUCGCCGAAGAAGCCAAGCGGGCGCAGGACAAAAUCUCCAAACUCGAAGGCUUGUGCCGCAUGCUCCAAGCCGAGCGCAAUCGACUCAAGGACGAGCAGAACAAGGAGACGGCGCCUGCGUCGUAAGAGCGGUCAGCAGUGUGUCGGUGUGUCGCAUUGCCCGCAAGAAGCGCGGAUGUGUCAUGUGCGAAUUGAAUGUACUUGCAUGAUGGAUUCAGCGACAGAACGAGAGGGUCCGCAGUCGGUGCAGUGCUGGCGCGUGUUGGCGCUACUACGAAAGCAGAUGAUGGUCGUGCCAUGACCAUGUGAACCGAGAAUGUUCUG